GAUGUCCUUUGCCGCAAAUGUUCAUAAUUUGUAGUAGCUUGAGGGAUGAAAAUGCAUUCACUACGUCGUCGGGACACUAUGGUUCCAUGCAUGUAAAAGUUGUGUACGUUUUACUUUCAAAAACAUCUCAGGAAAUAAUUCAUGCCCUCGCGAAAUUUGAUGGCCGUCUUGCACACCUUCAAGGUAUAGGCUACCACAGCAAGAAUUCCAGGACUCUAGGGCCAUUGACUAUUCCCCUAAAAGUAGCUCAACAGCAGAAGUGGGUCUGGAGCUGCGGACGGAUAAAACGCAAACGCAAUCGUAUAAUGUUGGGAAAAAAACAAAAACUGUCCGUCUUCAGCCCAGAUGACGGUGCAAUUUAGAGAUGAGGGUACCUUGCACAUGAAGUCAUUAAUUAAAUGGAACAGAGGUUAAGGAAGGGGGGGCAUGAUGAUUCAAGCAAUGAAGCAUAAGGGAAUAAAUUAAAUAAAGUGGAAAUUAACGGAAAAAUAAAUUCGUUAAUCCAUAAUUUUAAUCAAUUGAAAUGAAUUUUUUCUAUAUAUGGAUGUGGAUCCUACCAAAAAAGUGAAAGAUAAACGAAUAUUGCAAGCAGAAUUGUACCUACUUAUUAGAAGAAGGUGAGGAAUGAAGUGAUCCCCUCUACAUUUCUUAAAAACCAUGCUACCUGACUACUGAUCAACAGGUGAAUUCUUGGUUUACCUGAAGUUCUAUUGGGUUAAACAAAUAUAAACCUUAUUAUAAAAUGAUAUAAGAAAGUUACUUAAGUCUUCAACUGCAUUAAUUAACUAUAGGCCACUGGCACAAUAGAAGAGGUCACACAAAUGAACUCUAACUAAACUACAAUUAAAAUUUAUUAAUAAGUACAUUUUGUCAAAAUGAAGGAAUAUUGGCACAACAUUGUUUGUAGUUUAAAACAAAUAGCACAAUGAGUCGAGAAGAAACCGUGUCGCAGAAUAGUUUGUGUGAAUCGGUUACGAAAGUCAUAAAUCCGUGUGUAUAUUUUUUAACAAAUUUUACAUUUGCACAAUCUGUUCAUCCGGUCGAACCUGCGACACCAGCCCUCAGUGAAUACUUAUUGCUGCCACACCAUCGUCGAUUAAGGGUUAUACAUGUGUUACCGAACGAGGAAUUGCACAAAUCGGUCGUCGAAAGUAAAUUACGAAUGAGUCGGAGUUCGCUAUCAGAAGAAUAUUGGUUUACAAGAUGGAAUAAGCCCUUAAAGUUAGGAAACUGUAAUUGUUCAUUUAGAAGAUCUCAACGUUUUUCAGUGCUACCAUACGAAACUUCAAAUGUGUCGCAAAGAAAUUUAUCGCAGUACUUCAUACCACCGACUAAAAUUAUUAAUUUGGAAACAUUUGUCGAACGUCUCAUUCAAGAAACACUCUUCGAGGCAUUUCAAGAGUACCUCAUGAAAGCAACAAAACGAAGAACUAAAUGUGAUAAAAGUACGGGUGGUGUUUCAAAUUUAGCUUUUGUUCAGGAAGACGAUGGCGUUAUUUUAAGAAGACAAAUUAAAAAAAAUUGUUUACACACAAAGACUGCUCUUAAAAAGAAGCCAACUGUGAUUUUGCUUCACGGCAUUGGGAGUUCGGCCGACGUUUGGUGGCACAUUAUAAACACUCUGGUGCAAAAAGGUUAUGAAGUUGUCGCACCUGACAUGCUUGGUCAUGGCUUUAGCUCGAUUCCCGAUCAACCUGAGGCAUACAAAUUUAAAAACUUGCUAAAGUACACUCUGGCACUAUUCGACCAAUACAUAGGGUGUGACGAAUCGAAAAGCUCAAUUGUGAUAGGUCAUUCCUUUGGCUGUAGUCUGGCAACUGCACUCUGUCGGUAUCGCUCACAUCAAAUUGUGCAGUUGAUAUUGAUAAGCGGAGGUGGACCAACACCCUUAGCUCCACCUCCACCUGCAGACAACACAGCACUUACCAAUUGCUUACGUACAGUCUUUCACCCAUUGUUAUUUUGCGGCAUGAAAAGAACGAUAUUCUAUUCAUUGAGAGGAAAGCACUUUCGAGUUUGCGACACAGAAAGUGCAGUACCAAAUCAUAUACUGCAGUAUUUUGCCGAUGGACAAAGUUGGCCGGAGGGUGAUGCAGCAUUUCAUCGCAGAAUUCUGAUUCCGACAUUGCUAGUGCACGGUCUUCAGGAUACCUUAGUCACUCUCGUUCAAGAAUGCGAAAUGGAAAGGACAAUUCCUCGGGCAUUUCUAGAGUUAAUUCCAAAUGCGGGACACAUGUGUAUGCUAGAAACUCCUCAACAUCUGAGCCAUAUGAUUAUGUGUUUCAUUGAUUGGUGGAGUAGAUAAACCAAAUAAUUUGACCGCUCAAACAUAGAGCGUACGACUUACCCUUUUACGUUUAGUAUUUAACAUACAAAUUUAUAUUAUAAAAUAAAUGUUAUUUAGGAUC